AUGCAAUCCGAGGUUGAUUCAUUAAAACAACGAAUUUCUGAGCUCGAAGCCAAGAAUGCCGAGCUUUUAAAACAGGUUACGGAAGAAAGCACCAAACGCGAAGCUGAGAAUGUUGAGCUCAAAGCCAGGAUCGCCAAAUUGGAACAGAUCGCAGAAGAAAAUUCUGAGCUUAAAGAUAGAAUCACGAAAUUGGAACAGAAACAGACCCAGGCAACUACCAAUGAACAGGAAAUUGUGAGAAGCCUACGGCUUCUGCCUGUGGCCGAUGCUAAUACUAAUACAGGUACUCAUGCACAAAAUCUUAUUAGAUUGCGGGCUAAAGCUGCCCAUAGAGAUGCGCUUGCCAAUUUUUAA